CUCAUAAAGACGUCCUGAUAGGGCCAGUAACUUAAUUUUGGAGUAUUGGUGACCUCUCUGCGGCGUCAGAAGGUCUUUACGUUUUGUGAGGAUCGAGUUGGCGGAGAAGGAUGACGGCGAGGCGGACAUGUGGGGCCACCCUCAGAAUGGAUGGGUUGGUUGUGGAGAGCCGAGACAUCGCUGCCUGCUCUGCAGACGCCUGCAGCGAGUGUCCAUGCUGGUUCUAUUGAAUGGACGACCAGCAAGAACACCCUGCAAGGGUCCAGGUGUCGGCCACCAAGAAGCCGCUACAUUUCUAUGUGGAGCUGGCAAAGAGGUUUCUGCAGGAGCAUGGACAGGUGCAACUGUCAGCGAUUGGCCUUGCAAUCCCCAUGAUGGUCAACCUUGCGGAGAUUUUGAAGGCCAACCGCUGGGCGACUGAAAUAAAGAUCCGGACUGGGCUGUACCAGCUGCCUGGCGAGCCCGAGCUGCCUGCCAGCGGGCUGCCCAAAGCAAAGAUGGAGAUCGUGCUGUCCAAGUCAGCCGAGUUCGAUGACAUCAUGGCGGGUCCCCCCGCCCCCCCUCCCCGCCGCACACGGGACCCUACGCGCCGCGGGGUCCUCCGCCGGGGGGCAUCGCACCGCUGCCCUUGUGACCACUGCUUGGCCCGUAACUUCAGGCAGGCAGACACUUGGCAGCACUUUUCCUUUGGAUCCUUCCGGACGUUGCCUGCGGCAAAACCGGAGCACUGCACGUGGUCGUGCAGCCUAGGCCUUCUCUAGAGGAGGGCAGGGAGGCCCCUGCAGGAGGCCCAUUCCUGUGGGCUGAGGGGGGGGAGACCGCCGUCUUAGUCAGCAUCCAGUCAGCGCAGCAGUCAGCGCGCGCUCUUCUCCGCACGGCCGGCGCCCUCUUGUGUUCAAAGCAUCACCGGCCGACUUGGCGGUGGACAGGGCAGUUUCUGCGAGGCAGCAGCCGGCUGGGACGCCCUCUGAAACGGGGCAAGACAGCAUGGCGGAGGGGCGCAUAGCGACAAGUCUGGGGGGAUUAUUGCGAGGGCCCAGGGGUGAAUACCUGUCGACGGCGCGCGGCCGGCGCGGGACCGGGAGCCAGGAACGCCCCGCGACAGAGCGCGCAUUUGAUGAGUCAGCGGUGACUCAACGCUGAGUCAGCAGCGCAAUAGUUGCGCCUAGAGAGUGAGUCCUGUCAGCACAAGACCCACAGAAGCUAUCCGAGCGCCGAUGGCCGGUGAGACGCC